UGGACGGCCGGCUCACGCCUCAGUCAGCCACACUCACAGCGCUGGACAAGACGCUGCCAUACUCCACACUAAGUCCCUGGUAACCAUAUUUUCUUGAAGUUUGAAACAUCAUCAUGGCUCAAGUAAAUAUUGAAAUUCUAUUUGGAAAGCUUAAAAGCAGAUUAAGCAACAAGAUGUCUGAAGUUAUGACUAUAAUAAAGCCAGAAAACACAACCGAGGAAAUGUUUUCCUAUUUGUGGAGCCUGGAUGAAGCCCAUGCAACUCUAACGCCAGUUCUGCACCCAUCAAGCAAGUCAAAAGAUGAGUCUUAUGUGCACUGUAGACAGGGAGACAUAGCCUACCGCCUUCAUAAUCUAGUUCAGGCAUUAAGCUCUUAUAAUUUGGCCAUAUUAUCUGCGCCACAUCCAGACACAAUCACAGAUAGUCCUAAGAACCCUGGCAAAGACAAGUAUGAAGAAUUGGCCCAAGCUUAUGAGUCACGAUCUGUUGUGCUUUAUGACCUGAAGCAGUAUACAAAAUGUUCAGAUGACAUUGACCGGGCACUGGAACUUGGCUGUGUACAGUCACGUACAAAAUUAUUAGACAGGAAACGUAUUUGUCUGAAAUUAAUAUCAGAGGGUAAAGACAAGGCAUUUGAUGCUUCAGCUGAAGCUUUAAACACCUUUGAACCAUGUUUUGCAUAUAUAAACCCUGAGCCCCCUAAGUUAGCUGACUAUAACCCAGCCAUACCGUCACUCAGCAGUGCAGUCAAGCUUGCCUACACUCACUCCCAAGGGCGCCACCUGAUUGCUGAUAGAGACAUCAACCCAGGUAACUUAUUUUAUAAGUAAUGAGAAAAGGUUAUAAAGUUUUACAAUUUAAUUCUUCUCUGUGAGGGGUUCCCGGUGGCUCCCUGACUACCCACCUGGUUGCUAUAAUGAUGCCUCUGCCUACAGUUACGUUUCUCUUCCCUGAGAAGGCUCAGGAGUCUGCCCCUUUGUGUCAUCAUCCCUCUCAAGGACCUCACUCCAGGUACUGCAUGUGCUUCAGCUUAUCUGUGGGGCCAAGCUGCUGGGGGUUGGCUGUUGUUGUGUUUACAUCUUUGGGAGUUCACUGUUUCCAGCUUUGUCCGGUGGUGACUUGCACCUCUCUCUUCUCUGUUUUUCAUGGUAGGGAGUUUGUGAGAAUUUUGUGCUACAUUUUCUGGAACCCAGCUUUCCAACUGAUCUGUGCCCAUGUUAAUGUCAGUGGUUUCCGUGUAGGUCUUAUUUUAUUUGGGGGGAUGGGGCUUUUGGUGCUUUGCAUCGAGUACCCUGCCACACUUUGAGACUUUUUGGAUCGUUGUUUGCCUUUGGUCAUCUAUCUCCACACACCAGCCACACCAGGGUUGGCCACACCAGGGGUCACAUCAGUUUAGGUUGAGGCUUUGUGGGUGGCAGUUGUUCUAUAGUUCAUGGCGCCAUUGUUCUUCAUUCGGUGCAGAGUUUUGUUUGUUUUUCACUCCAGGGUUGUUACUUUUCAAUCGAGAAGACUUUUGAGGUUGCACAAAGGCCCGAGGUGGACGGUUGUGUUACAUUUUGUCUUUCUUCGGUUCCAUGAAAUUACCUCUGUGUAGUUAAAGGGUGAAUGAUGUCACAUCUUCCUGUCAUAUGCCACU